UAAAACGAUUACAUGUCAAAACAGUAAGUUUAAGCAUAACCUCAAACUUUAUGUAAUAUUUUCAAGAAAGGGCAUUUAUAAUUGCAUUACAACACGUUUUCAUAUAUUCUGUAUAUACAACAAGUAAAACAUGAGUGUGUAUUUAUCAAGAAUUGCAUUUAGCGCCAUUCGGUGUGCGACACCGAAAAGUUUUUCACCGAAUACUGUAGUCGGUUUUGUAGCAACGAAAGCUCGAUUUUUAUCGCCGAAAAACGACUUAUUUAGUAUUGCUGGGAUUGCUGUAGUAAGGAAUUAUUCACAUGAUGCGAUACAGCCGACGGUGCCGAUAGAAAAUGGCACAAUUCCUAUUAAAAAGAAGACUGUUCAUAAGAAGGCUAAACCGGCGGACUUGUCACACAAAGAGGGCCAUUUCCUCACGAUGGCUUAUGCGACAGCUAAUUCCUAUGACCUGAAGAGUCUGAAAGAGGCUCUAGUUCAACAGAAGCUGUAUGAACCUGGCACGUUAAAAGCUAACGAGUUAGGGGAUGUAGUGGUGGCCAAUGCUGUGUACAGCGUUGGUUCUGAACCCAGAGAGAUCAUCUUCUUCAGAGAAGGCGGUAUCGUCUUCUGGAACUGCACCGAGUUGGAGGCUCGGAAUGUGCUGGACUUUGUCAGACCUUAUGAAAUAGACAGCUACCCUAAAGACGUAGUGGAAAAAGAGAGAGAAGUCAUGACAUACGUUUAUCACCCGAACGCCCGGUCCAAGAAGUCAGGAUCUGAGGCCGGUGCUAUCACUAACGCUACAGUUACAAAAGGGCGCAGGAAGAGAUGUCACUUACAAGAGUCGUCAUUUGUCCUGGUACCAAAGAGAGAUAACUCGUUGGAGAGGUAUACAUUUAGUCACGCCAUGAUGCAGUCGGCUCGUCUGGGCGCGUGGGAGUCGCGGCUGGAGGCGCUGGCGGCGUCCGUCAGCUCGCACACCGCCGCCAUGCAGCACGACGGCGCCGCGCAUGUUGAUAAGAAAGAGGUAGUUCGCAAACUAGGCGAGUUAUUCUCUCUCCGGCACAUGCUGAACGUGGAAUCAGAUCUACUGGAUACGCCCGACUUCUACUGGGAAGAAGAGCAGUUGGAACGCCUGUAUUCUUCCACAGUGGCUUACUUUACAAUAUCUAGGAGGACUAGGGUUCUAAACGAGCGUCUAGCCCACUGCGUGGAACUUCUAGAGUUACUCUCAUCCUGGGCAGCAGACAGGCAUCACGUACGUCUAGAAUGGAUGGUCAUAGCACUCAUUCUGGCUGAAGUCUGCUUCGAGUUGCUUCAUCUCUUCGAAAGCAAGUUGUUCCACACUCCGGAACGGCGGCGGCCGCGGCACCACUUCUCGCCUGCAGACUUCGAAGAAACAAUCAUACCAGAACUAAAUAAGUCUUAUAAUUGAAGUACCUAAUUAAAAAG